GGUGCGGGCGCCUGGCCAGGCGGGUGGAGGCCCGGGUUACCUCUGCCUCUAGGAGUCCGGGCGCGCGUAGACAACGCCCCGAGGCGCCCCUGCUUCUCCAACUCCCCACUCCCGCCGCCCGUGCCAGCCGGGGACACGAGCUUCCCUGCCACCCGCAGAAGGAGCCGCAGGAGCAGUCGCGGCCGCCUCCGAACGACAGCAUCCUCAGGAGAGCCGCCCCAGGCUCCGCAGCCGCCUGCCUCGGCCCGCUCUCUGCGCUCCUCCGGGCCGUCGCCGCUGCCUGGCCGCUGGAGGGACACCGGGGCCCUUCACCUGCCCAGGGCGGGCGGGCACAGGGUAGAGAAGGCGUUAGAAGCGGGCGCCCAGGAGACCCCUUCCCAGCGUCUCAGCGCGUUGAGGAAAAGAGACAGCCGCGAGCCCCGGCGCUCCCUGCACCGGGUCCCCAAGUUCAGGGCGACACCCCUCAAAGGGGGUCUGUCCCGCACGGUGAGCUCUCCGGCCGCAUCGGCCCCAGCCGGCCCUCAGGACUCCAGGCGCCUCUGGUGCCUGCGCCCCGGACGCCCUCCCGGGUCCCCGGAGACGGCCCGCCCGCCCCCCGGCGCCCACCGUCGCCCGCGCGCCCCGGCUGGGCCAUGCCUGGGCUGCGCCGGGACCGCCUGCUGACCCUGCUGCUGCUGGGCGCGCUGUUCUCCGCCGACCUCUACUUCCACCUCUGGCCCCAAGUGCAGCGCCAGCUGCGGCCCCGGGGGCGCCCGCCCGGCUGCCCGUGCUCGGGUCGCGCCUCCUCCGCGGCGUCCGCCGCCUCCUCGAAUCCUGGCACCGUCGCGCACAACUUUUCCCAAGCCGGGCCCGGGGCUGAGCAGGACCGCGGCGGCCGCAGCAGCCCGCGCUCCAAGCUGCAGGCCCUCUUCGCCCACCCGCUGUACAACGUCCUGGAGGAGCCGCCUCUCCUCGGUCCCGAAGACUCGCUCCUGGCCAGCCAGGAGGCGCUGCGGUAUUACCGGAGGAAGGUGGCCCGCUGGAACAGACGACACAAGAUUUACAGAGAGCAGUUGAACCUCACCUCCCUGGAGCCCCCGCUGCAGCUCCGAACCGAGGCCAGCUGGGUCCAGUUCCACCUGGGAAUCAACCGCCACGGACUGUACUCCAGGUCCAGUCCUUUCGUCAGCAAACUCCUGCACGACAUGAGGCACUUUCCCACCAUCAGUGCCGAUUACAGCCAGGACGAGAAAGCCUUGCUGGGGGCGUGCGACUGCACCCAGAUUGUGAAGCCCAGUGGCGUCCACCUGAAGCUGGUGCUGAGGUUCUCGGACUUCGGGAAGGCUAUGUUCAAACCCAUGAGACAGCAGCGAGAUGAGGAGACGCCCGCAGACUUCUUCUAUUUCAUUGACUUUCAGAGACACAACGCCGAGAUCGCAGCUUUCCACCUGGACAGGAUUCUGGACUUUCGACGGGUGCCGCCAACAGUGGGGAGGCUAGUGAAUGUCACCAAGGAAAUCCUAGAGGUCACCAAGAAUGAAAUCCUGCAGAGCGUUUUCUUUGUCUCUCCAGCCAGCAAUGUGUGCUUCUUCGCCAAGUGUCCGUACAUGUGCAAGACGGAGUACGCGGUCUGCGGCAACCCGCACCUGCUGGAGGGCUCCCUCUCUGCCUUCCUGCCGUCCCUCAACUUGGCCCCCAGGCUGUCGGUGCCCAACCCCUGGAUCCGCUCCUACACACUGGCAGGAAAAGAGGAGUGGGAGCUCAAUCCCCUUUACUGUGACACUGUGAGACAGAUCUACCCAUACAACAGCAGCAACCGGCUCCUCAACAUCAUCGACAUGGCCAUCUUUGACUUCUUGAUAGGAAACAUGGACCGUCACCAUUAUGAGAUGUUCACCAAAUUCGGGGAGGAUGGCUUCCUUAUUCAUCUCGACAACGCCAGAGGGUUUGGACGACACUCCCAUGAUGAGAUCUCCAUCCUCUCGCCUCUCUCCCAGUGCUGCAUGAUCAAAAAGAAAACACUCUUGCAUCUGCAGCUGCUGGCCCAGGCCGACUACAGACUCAGCGAUGUGAUGCGGGAGUCUCUACUAGAAGACCAGCUGGCCCCCAUCCUCACUGAACCGCACCUCCUGGCCCUGGACCGCAGACUCCAAAUCAUCCUCAAGACAGUGGGGGACUGCAUAGAGGCCCAUGGACAGCAGCGUGUCAUAGCCGAUGUCCCAGCACAGCAAUCAGCCCGAGACUCUGGCCAGGCUAACCUGACAAGCUAAGGGCUGGAGAAGCACAAGCCAGCGGAGGGCUCUGGAGUGCAGACCACUGCGUCCUUACUUCCCUCUCCUCGUGCUGGAGGGCAAGUCUCAAGCUCAGGAAGAGGCAGGGCAUGUUCUGAAACAGCAAGAGGGAUCCACUGACCUGCUCUAUAAGGUCACUUAAAAUCCCUUCUAUAGUGAAUCGCCUUGGCUCCAUCUUUCCCAGAAAUCUCUAGCUCCAUCAAGCCACAGACUAUCUCCCCAGUGCUCUGGGCAACCUGCAUAUGACUCAGAUCUGGAAGGUUUCUAGGCCCUGUUCCCAGGAAAGUUUUAACUGUACCAAGUCAAAUAAAAGGACAUCAAAGUGGAUACCUGUCCUCCAGGUCCUUAUUCUAUCUACAAGUAAAGGAUAAUUCCUGGUCCAGACAAAACAUCUUGCAGAUCUCAAGCAGCCUCAAAAUCUUCAGAUAAGUAAGCCUCAAACCGGUUCAAACUAGACUUUACACCUUCUACUUACAUUGUAGUCACUGUCCCUACUGAGCAGUCUUAGAGUAACUUCUCAGAAUACUGUCACAAAAAGUAGAGUAAGAAUUUGCUCUAAAUACCAGAAAGAAGGUAUUCCAGUGAGAGUAUUCAUUGUCAACUGAAAUAACAAUGUCAAGACUAGCAGGCAGUAACAAUAGGAGGAAUUGUGAUGGAGGGAAAAGAGAGGUCUCCAAGGUCAGCAUGGCAUGGUCGGCUAGUCAGGUACUAGAGGAAGUCCUGGAGAGAGGAAGGACAAAGGCCAGGGCCUGCUGGACUGUCAGCCACAACCCUCCUCCUUAUGUCCCAGAACUGUCACCUAUGAGACUCCCACAGGAACAGGGAGCCAUCUGGAGGGAUGAGGUCCUCUAGAUACCCUCUCCUCCUGUACUGACUAAAAAAGAACUAAAUCAAGUUUCUAUCCCAAACCUCCUUGAAAGGAUAGUAGGGAUUCCCCGUCUCCUCCAAUUCCCCCUAUUGACUUGUUGACAUCUCAAACUCCUGGAACUGGAGACAUGUUUCUUAUUCCAUAAUAACUGAAACCACAAAUGACAGGAAUGUAUGCAUUCUGCGGAGUGAUUAGUUAACAAGCAAAAUAAAUGAUUCAGCAGA